UGAUGCAUUUAUUUUAGGCUAAAUGCCUAACUCAGGAAGCCAAAGGUGGCACAACUGCAUUUACGGCCAAGAAUCUGAAAUGAUCGAAGUGGGGGUCACUUGUGCUGAUGGUUCUGCAGGGACUAUGAAAUUGCCGGUCCAGUCUCCAUCGAAAAUCUUAGAGUAUUUGAUUCAUCAUUGUGGCCUCCACCUGCCAGACUCGUUGGUGGCAAAUUUUUGGGAACAUCUAGACAACAUGGGGGAUGAGUGGGCUUUGAGCACCAAACGAUUUCGCCAGGCAUGUGCACAACAAGUCUGGCCUGUGGGGAUCUAUGGGGAUGAAGCUUGCAUUGGGUUGAUCAACGCACCCACCAACCAGAUCUAUGGGAUUGUCUUGUCCUUGCCAUUGUUCCGGCCAAAAGUGACAAGAGUUGCAAAGUAUCUUCUCUUCAGUAUUGAAAGUGACAGAGUGCUCAACAUGCAGGCAACGCUGUAUCCAGUUUUUCGGUACAUUACUGACAACUUGAAUCAGCUGGCUGAAAAUGGCCUGAAUGGCCGUAGGUUUCUAGUCAGCGAACUUCGGGGAGACCAGGCAUGGUUUCGAAAUAUAUUUCAACACGCAUCCUGGUGGAGAAAAAAAGAGGUAUGUUUUCGUUGCCAAGCCUGCACAAACCAAAACCAUUUGAACUAUUUACACUACGAUGACUGGAUAUCUACAAGGCGUAGCACUGAGGAAUUUCUUUUUGAGGAGCUGCCGCAGGAGAUGUGUCCUUUGGUGGACCUUUACUUCUUCCACGUCUCUUUGAUAAAACAUUGUACGCUUCAUAUUCUCAACCUUGGUCUUUUGGGGGUCAGCAAUGGUUCCACCUUGGGUAUGCUUGUCCACAUGCACGUCUGGGGCCGGUUGGAUGACGAUGAUGAUUGGCCCAGGGUUUUGAACGCAGCUUUUGAUGACUUUGUCCAGUGGCGCAAGAUCCACAAAGUUCAGUGCUCCCAGAAACGCUUUACAUACAAGACCGUAAAUCGCAAAGACUAUGGACACUUUCUCAACGCGAAAGGCUACAAUGCGAGAGUAUUAUCUGAAUGGCUGCUAGCCAAGAUUGUUGAAAUCAGAGCCAACCCAGGGAACUUGAUUCUGGAUGAGCGUUUUGAUCUGACUGAAUCUACAAUGAGGGGUGUCAACCGGUACUUUGGACUCACGGAGCGGGCCUCUCGGAAGUUGACCCUUGAGCAAUCUCAGCAAAUUGAAGAAGCUGGAAAAGCUUAUUUGGUGGGGUACCGGAGCCUCAACUACAUGAGUACAAGGAGUGGCAUCCUGGCUUGGGUAUUGGUGCCAAAAUGGCAUGCUUUUGCGCAUGUGCUGGUUGACUACGUGAGGCUGCUUCGACAAAACCCUCGAUAUGUGCACACUUUUGGAGAUGAAGAUAUGAUGAUGGUUCUCAAAGGAUGGGCAAAAAAUGUGAAGUCGAAACCGCGCGAAGUUGGAAUCUUGAAGCUUUCUCGGAUGAGAAUGAAGACUUUGCAGUGGCGAAUUCCAGAGCUCAGGGGACACAACCGCGUGUGAAAAAACAAGCGCGAGGUAGAACUUAGCACUUCA